AUGGUUUCAAUUUGUUCAUUCUUAAUAUACAUAUAUAUUUAUUUUUCGUUGAAGAGUAUAGAUAUGUGUUGCAUAGAACAUAUAGAUAGAUGCAAGAAUAUUAUAUUUUAUGGUAUAAAUAAAGGUUUAUUUUUAAAUAAUAAAAGAGUAUUUUUUUUAAAUAAAAGAAGAAAUAUAAUAAAUUAUAAGAAAGAAAUAAAAUUAAAAAAUUUAAAGAUGGAUGAUUUUUGUGAGGUUGAUUUAGAUGAGUUUUGUUAUAAGCAGUUUAAUGAAAAAAACAAAUCAUGUUCCUAUAUACCGUAUGAUAAGGAAAAAUUUGUUAUAAAAGUAAAUGAAUUAAUAAAAGAAAGAAAAAUAAAAGUAUUACCUGGAUAUGCAGAAUUCUGUAAACAUAUAUUUAUAGAGAACUUUACAGAAGCAACUGUCGAAACUAUGGAAAUAACUAAUAAAAAUAGAGAUUUAAUAAAAACAGAUUAUAUAUCUAGAAGAGAUAAUGAAUUACCUGUAUUAGUUCGUUGGUUAUGUAAAAAAGAUAUAAAAGAUCAAAUAACAAAAGCUAAAUAUCUAGAUCUUAUUUUAUAUUCCAAAGAUCAAAUUGAUAAAGAAAAUAAAGAAAUGAAAAACAAACCAAAAAAUAUUUCACAUUGUGAUUAUUCAAUUAUCUGUAUCAAAGCUCAAAAUGAAGAUUACGAAUUACCAAUGACACCAAUCACUAUGCUAAGAAAUACAUUAAUAACAGAAGGAGGUAGCGGAGUUCAUUUAAAUCGAGAAAAAUAUUUGGAUGCAGUUAAAUAUUGGCGUCAUCAUGUAUCAAUAAUAGAUAAUUAA